CCGCCCUUCUUUGAUGUGUGCUCGUGAAGGCCGGCCGCGGUCAGUUUCCCCAGAAACUGCUGGCGGGGCGCUUGCGUUGUGGCCCGGCAAGCGGGCUUUUUCCGCGCGCCCGCCGCGCGCGCAGAGGCGCGCCCCUUGGGUGCAUGUGCUCUGUCAUCGGCGCCCCGGCCGCGGGCUGCCCGGCUGCACAAAGGAGGGCGGGCGCGCAUCUGCCGGCGCCGAAAGCGGGCGGCUUGCUGGGUCUAGUGCGGCGUAAUUCGUGGCACAUGAUUUUGGCGCUCGCCCUUUGGCUGCUCCGCCAUCUUUUGUGCGUUUAGUUCUCUGGAUCAACUUUCGCCUCCGUUGGCGGGCGGACGUAAGUAUCUAUGUCUGUGCGUGUUUCGUGGGUUGCCGAUUGAUCUUCGAUAGGCGCGCGCGUGAUGGAUAUCUAUAUGUUUGAUGUUCACAGGCACGCAGGGUAGCAAGCACUACAUGGCUGACGCAGCCGCAUCUGCAGACCCAGUAGCUCACUCUGCCUCUAC